GGGGCGGCCGCGGGAGGCGGCGGGGCCGGCCGCCGGCGCAGGGUCCGGGGGCGCAGCGCGGCGGGCGUAGGUCUAUGUCGCGGGCGGCGGCGGCGGCGGCGGCCGCGGAGGGACGAUGCGCGAGUACAAAGUGGUGGUGCUGGGCUCGGGCGGGGUCGGCAAAUCCGCCCUGACCGUGCAGUUCGUGACCGGCACCUUCAUCGAGAAAUAUGACCCCACCAUCGAGGACUUCUACCGCAAGGAGAUCGAGGUGGACUCGUCGCCGUCGGUGCUGGAGAUCCUGGACACGGCGGGCACCGAGCAGUUCGCGUCCAUGCGGGACCUGUACAUCAAGAACGGCCAGGGCUUCAUCCUGGUCUACAGCCUCGUCAACCAGCAGAGCUUCCAGGACAUCAAGCCCAUGCGGGACCAGAUCAUCCGAGUAAAGCGGUAUGAGAAAGUGCCAGUCAUCCUGGUUGGGAACAAAGUGGACCUGGAAAGUGAGAGAGAAGUAUCAUCCAAUGAAGGCAGAGCCCUUGCUGAAGAGUGGGGCUGCCCCUUUAUGGAGACUUCUGCUAAGAGUAAAACGAUGGUGGACGAACUCUUUGCAGAAAUUGUGAGGCAAAUGAACUAUGCUGCGCAGCCUGACAAAGAUGACCCAUGCUGCUCUGCAUGUAACAUACAAUAGCGUUCAAAUAUGGCUCUCCUGGACAGGAUUUGCCCAAGCUUGUAGGCGAUAACAAGCCUCGUCUACUCGACUGUGGAGUUUGCAGGCUGUGUGGUGUGACUCUACAGUGAAAUAGCAGCCCUUAUUCAGAAUUGAGCGGUGAUUGUCAGUUGAUCUCUCUGAGUAGCAUUUGGGUUCCAUAACUACAGUUUUCACCAUUGUCCUCAGUCUUCUAUAGGCACCUGCAACUUUAAGGCAUAGCCAGUCGAUCUACAGGGUGAUCUCCUUUGAAAGUUAUGAUGGCACUGUUGCUGAGUUGACAGAAGCAACUAUUGUAUAAAUUAAGAAUAAUCAUGAGAGAGAAAACAGAAGAAUUCCUAUGACCGCUUGCAAUUAAAUAUUUUGUCUUCUUAAAAAAAGAAUAAGGAGAAAUAUUUUCCUACGAGAGUACUGAAUUUCAGGAAUUGAGAUAAUGCUUCUAACCAAUGUAUUCCGUCAAGUAAGUAAUAACAGCUAACCUGCCAACAGCAUUACAGGGAGAGAUUCUUCGCUCAGCUGACAUAUUUCUGUUUUUCAAAAUUGAUGCUUAAUUGUAGAUGUUAUCCUAAUUUGUGACAUGGAACUAACUCAUGCAUCAAUCCUUGAUAGAGCAAAAAUCAGAACAGAUUGUGUAAAAAUACAAUCUGGCUUUAGAAUGUGUUAAAUCACCUGCUUUGCCACAGAAAAUGGAGGCUCUCACAAGGGUUUAAUACCAAUUAAAACCCCGAACCCACUCUCUGUUAACCAAGCAGGAUGGUCUUUAUUCCUUUAUUGAACAAGAGGAAGCAGCUGUGAUGGAAAGCGAUUGCCUAGCCUUACUAACAAGAAGCGUUCUAGUAGAUUAGUUAGUGCCAUCAUGUCAGGAAAAUGAAGCCAUGUUGCAUCCACAUGUUCCCAUUUGCAGCACCUCACAGGACAGUACAAAUAGCUGGCAUUUUUAGUUCGUGAAAGCAGCAGAUUCCUUCCUGCCUUUAAGGGCUAUGGUUGUGGUGUGUUUCUUGGCUAACCCGCUUUCAAAAUCAAGUUUGCUGGAGCAGAGCUUUAUUGCAGGCAUUUAAAAAAUUGAGUAACCAUGUGAAGUAAUUUGGGCUUAAAAGUAGAAGAUAAAUUAUAGAGUGGAAGGUAAGGGACAAAAAAAAACCUUUAUCUUUAAUUUUCCUGGAGAAUUAUAUAAAGAUUUUCUUAUAACAAUUUUGCCCUGAUUACUGAAGUGGCACAUAAAGAUAGAGUGAAUAUUUUGUUUUGAAAAGGUGCUCAAGCUCUGACAUUUUUGGUUUUCAUAGCCGUGAAGUAUUUAUCAUUUGCAUGACUAAUGGCACAGAAAAAAACCUAUUCAUAAGUUUUACAAUCAAGAGUAGAAGGGUUUUCAGCUAACUUCAGUUAUAAAUGCUGAAGAGAGUAUCUUGAGCUGAUCCUCUGGAGAUAAAUUUGGCCUUUAGAACUGCAAUAUCACUGAGCCUGUGAUCCAAAUACCACCCCACAUUUCGUUGGUUUCACAUUCUUGUGCAAGUAACCUCUGGUCUUAUGUGUGUGACUGAGAGAAGAGUGUAUGUUUGUGUGUGCAUGUGUGUUUAUUGUUCCUAAGAAUUGGGCACAAGUUGGAGAUAACUGCCUAUACUGGGAAUCUAUACUGCAGAAUAUAGUGUAUCAAAAACAUUUUUUCUUUUAAAUUAUUUGUGGUUUUUUAUACAUUAUUGAAAUAAUU